AUGUCAGGCAACCCCCAAGGCGAGGAGCCGCCCCGAGAUCCUCCUGGCGAGCCUUCUGGACCGUCUGGACCUUCUGGACGUCCUCGACGUCAGGAUCCUCCUGCGUUUCGCGGCAUCCCUGCCCUGAUCCCCGGAGUAGAUUAUCCUGUCUUCUACCCCAGAGCUGGCACUGGUCACUAUGAUGCCGCCUUUUACUCGGCACCCCCGCAGCCAUCCCAGCAGCCAUCCCAACAGCAAUCCCAGCUGCCCGCAAACGCAGAGGAGACACCCAUCCAAACUCUUCAGCAUUUCCCCCACUACUACGGAUGCUACUGUAUUGACUGUGUCCGUUUCUAUCACCCGAGCAACUACUUAGCUCGCGGCACCCAUGGCCCGACUGGUCCUCGUGAAGCCCAUCACCCUGGCCCUGCCAGCGUACAACCCCAGGCCCCCGUGAGCGCCCAGGCCCCUGCGAGCAACGUGUAUGCCCUCGAUAGAGCCGGCCUUGAAGCUCUCAACCGACAAGCUCAUGACUACGUCUUCCAGACAGCCGCGAGCCACGGUCGCAACGUACGCGUUCCUCAGAUGCAGUACCAACAGCCCCAGAUCCAAUCGGGACCCGCUUCUGCUCAGGUUGCAGUCCAAGGCCAGCACCAGGGCCAGCAACCAGGCCCUUCUCAAAGUACUCUUAAAGCUAACCAUCCCCAUUUCAAUGAAAAGGAACUCAAGGAGCUGAAGGAGUACAGGGAGCGUAAGGAACGAGAGCAGCGCGAGGAACGUGUUCGACGUUUCCGUGAGCAGAAUGAGCGAGCGAUCGGUUUCCACGAGUCCGACGAUGAAGAAUUCAUCCCCAACAUCCGAAACCCUUGA